CUGGAAUUGGCAAAUAAUGUACGUUCACAUCUGAUUUGUCUCCAAGCAAUGCUCCAAUAGACAGUGAGCAGACACUUCCUGUUCCUUGGCCAUUCAGGAGACAGAAGCCUUUCCCAGCCAGUGCAUUCAGUUACCGCCAUAAUUUGAAUCAUCCCAUGUCACUGAUCACAGUGUUCGGCUGGUAGUAACAGUUCCAUUUCUGAUACUGUACAUUCUGUGAUCGAAUCAUGGUGGAAGGCCCGGGCUGCACGCUGAAUGGGGAGAAGAUUCGAGCGAGGGUUCCACCGGGGCAGACUGUGCAGGAGUUGAGGGGGAGCGCAGUAUCUGGCAAGGUGAGCGAGUGUUAUACAACUGUCACAGGGAUGCCAAUCGCUUACUGAUCCCGUUAACACUUUGUGGCAGGGGGCAUUAUAUAUAACAUUCUUGCAAUCCAUAGCAUUAUUAACAGCAAGCUAUGUUAGGAGACUCCUGUUAGAUUAUUACACUGCUAGAUUAACCAUUUGAGUGCCACACCGUGGAGCAGUAGGUAGCACUAGACGGUUAGGGCUACACAGGCAGAGAAAUUUCCCUUGGACUCGAUGUAGAGCCUUUUCAUACAGCAAAAAUCAUAUGUAUGGAUUCUGGAAGGCAACAGUGCAAGUGUUUCACGGCAGGGAUGGUUCAAAGGUCGCCAAGCCCUGCUUGCAAAGCAUCACGGGGGUUGUAGUUCUAUAACAAGUGAUGGGAUUUGUGUCAUCCUUGCUGUAAAUGUAUGUGUAGGUUUCUGUAUGUCUUGGUCUGACUGGAAUAUAACAUUUUAUUUCACAAACACAAUGAAGUAGGUUUUAUGUUAGAAAACUAAAGGGUUAGUCUAAGCACUCUGCAUGGUUGCAAACAGCAUGGUGCUUACAGUGCCCUGAUCGAACUCAUUUAUUAGAACAGGCAAUAGCACUGACAAUUUGUAAAAGUUUGUGCUCUAAGACAGCCCUACCGAACGCCAGAGGUGCCAUGGGAAAGUUUUUUUUUUUUUUUUUUUUAUGUGGGCAUAAUAUCCUAUCGUGGGCUCGAGUUAGUAGAUCAUGCCCAUGAGAAUGCUAAUGCAUGCUUACAGGUUAACUAAUUUAGCUCAGUUCGGCCAUGGUCGUCAAUCUUCUCAACCCCUUCUCUCCUGUGACAUAGAGGUGCCAGCUUCUGGUCCUCUCUGCUUGGUAUGUUUUGAAAUGGCAUAUAUGGUAUAUAAUUUUAGCAUUUUAAAACAGGGAUCUGUUUGUAUGCAGUGGUGUGUUUGUAUGUAGUGUUGGAUUUUAGAUGCGGAUGUACAUUCGUGUGUAGUAUUGGUGUUUGAGUAAAGGGUGUGUUUGUAUGUAGUGUUGGAGUUCAGGUCUGUCAUGUUUGUGUUUGCAUGUUGUGUUCGUGCUUGAUUGCUGGGAUGUUUGAACAUACCCUGCCACAUACAUAGUGACACAGAUAUAAAUACACAUUAACAAAUAGAAACACACUGACAUACAGAUACAUACACCUUGACAUACGUACACACACUGGCAUAUACACACACUGGCACAUACACAAAUUAUUAUUAUGAUAUCUAUAGAGCGCCGUCAAAUUCCGCAGCGCUUUACAAUGGGUGGACGAACAGACAUGUAGUUGUAACCAGAUAGUUGGACACACAGGAACAGAGGGGUUGAGGGCCCUGCUCAAUGAGCUUACAUGCUAGAGGGAGUGGGUUAAAAUGACACAAAAAGGUAAGGAUAGUAUUAGACUAGGGACAGUUGCAGAAGAGAUAUCAGUCAGGAGCUAUUAACAGUUUAAUUGAUACGCCUUUAUGAAGAAGUGGGUUUUUAACGAUUUUUUUGAAGGAGUGGAGACUGGGUGAGCAUCUAACGGAGGAGGGAAGCGAGUUCCACAGGAACGGUGCAGCCCUCGAGAAAUCUUGAAGGCGAGCAUCAGAGGUGGGAGUACGGACAGAAGAUAGACGUAAGUCUUCAGCAGAUCGUAAGGGCCUAGACGGGACAUACUUGUGUAUAAGGGAGGAUAGAUAGGUGGGAGCAGCAUUAUGUAGCGAUUUGAAAGCAAGAACCAGAAUUUUAAAUUGAGCUCUAUAUUUUAUAGGAAGCCAAUGUAGGGACUGACAGAAGGGUGAGGCAUGGGAGGUGCGGGCGGACAGGAAGAUGAGCCUCGCCGCCGCAUUCAUUAUGGACUGUAACUGCGCUAGUUGGGAGCACGUAAGACCACUGAGAAGCUGAUUACAGUAGUCAAGGCGAGAAAGGACAGUGGAAUGGACCAACACCUUAAUCGCAUCUGGCGUUAAGUAGGGGCGGAUGCGCGCAAUGUUUUUGAAAUGGAAAUGACAGGAUUUGGCGAUAGAUUGAACAUGAGGCUUGAAGGAGAGGUCGGAGUCAAAGAGAACACCUAGGCAGCGAGCCUGCAUGGUGGAGCUGAUGGUAGCACUGUUGACUUGGAGGGAGACAGACACAGGAGUAACAACACUUGAGGGAGGAAAGACCAGAAUUUCAGUUUUGGUCAGGUUUAGUUUUAGGAAGUGGGCAGCCAUCCAGUUAGAAACAGCAGAGAGGCAGUCAGAAACACUAGUCUAGAGGGACGGGGAGAGAUCAGGAGAGGACAGAUAGAUUUGCGUGUCAUCUGCAUUGAAAUGAUAUUGGAAGCCAAAGGAGCUAAGGAGUUUACCAAGGGAGGCAGUAUAGAUGGAGGAUGGAGAACAGUAGGGGACCAAAUACACUGACACACACUGGGAGAUGCAUAUACGCACGCGCACGCACACACACACACAUACUGGCAGAUAGACACAGACAAACCGAUACACAGUGAUGCAUACACACCUUAACACACAGAUACGCAUACAAACAGGUCAUAAUGUUUAUAGUUGCAGCCAUCCUCCUACUAGCUUAUCUUUUUUUUUUUUUUUUUUUCAAGAGGGUGGCUUGCUUGGAGUGCUGCUGGUUGCUGGUGUGUGAGGUUGGCAGCAGCUCUUUCCCCCCUCCUGCCUUCUCUCUGUCGCGCUUGGUGCUCUCUGUGUCUGGGAGGAAGUGACCGGCUGUCACUUCCUCCCAGCAUCCAUAGUACAGGGGCCCGGUCGCGCUCUUAUAGGGCUGCAGCGCCUGACCAGGCCCCUUUUUAGCGUUGCCCCUGUUUAAGGGCCAUCAGCUGGUCUUAGUGCUUGGGACACCCGAUGCGCAAAUUGCAGCGGAACCCCAGUUUUGUUCUUGCUGAACCCCAAUUGGGAAACACUGGUUUAGUAAAUCGUGCAAAUAAAUUAAACAGUGAGCGUACAUUAAUCUCGUGCACACAAUCUAAUAAUUCAUGUGCACUAACUAGUACAGUACGCUCACGAUUUAAAAAUAAUAAAAAUUUACUCUGUCACCUUCGGGUCUCUGUACAGCCCAGAACUCUGAAUUACCAGUGUAAAUUAUGUCUGUAUUGUGCAAGGUGUGAGCACGCUGCAAACACUAUAGGGUAGGUUCUCCCCUCACAGGAGAAAGAUCCAAGAUGCUUACAGUAAUAAAAGCACAAUAAUUGAUGUAAGAGAGUGAAUGUUGUAUGCACAGACUAGCACAAUGUAAUAAUUGUCCACAAGCUGCCACAAUUAGACAUUGCUUCAGUGCCAAUGAAGCCUUCCAAAGCCAGAUGUCAAUGAACUUUGGUCAGAUUUUUUGUUCUAUAACUAUAUUUACUCGGGUUGUGUAGCGAUAAAAUAACACCCGGUGCUAUGGUACAAAAUAAUGGGAAGCCCAAAGGUUUGAAAAAAGAACAUUUUCUGCAAAGCUGACAUAAAUAUAAAUAUUAAACUGUUACUUUGCAGUUUUGUUUUGUUUGUGCUAAUCUUAUGUAUUUUUUUUUUUUUUUUAAUCUUUUUUUUAGCCUGCAUGCAUUGCUGGGCACAGUCUCGCAAAAUGUAUAAAUUAGUUAACGGUUGCAGUAUUGUACGCACAAUAAAUGUGUGUUAACACAUAUGGCAUUUCUCUGUAAGGUGCCUGUGCACAUAAGCUGGCCUCCUAGUCAUCAUGGGAUAGUAAGGCUGAAAUAACUGACUGAAGGAACAAGGAUCUGUCACAUUUUUUGGAAUCAUAUAUUUGCAGUUAUAAAAUAAAUUCAUACUUUAAAAGGUUCAGGUACCAAAUAAAAUAAUAUAGUCAAAAUUUCUAUUUCAUUUUUUUUUUUUUAAAAAGUUUAUUUGUAACAACUGUGAAUAUGUUAUGGUUUCACAGUUUAUUUAAUAAAUAUAUCAAUGUAGUUUACAUGAUCUUUAGAAAAAAAAAAUAAUAACAAACAUUGUAAACACCAGAACUGCUAAUGUUUAAUUUACUGGUUCUGGGGCAAAGAGACUGUCGCUGCAGGCUCAUCAGUGUAAACAAUUCCUUUUGUGAGAAAAAGCAGUGAUAUUGCUACCUAAUGCCACCUCUAGUGGCUAUCAUUCAGACAGCCACUACAGGGGCUUUCUGGUUGCUUUACAAGGAGAUUAUGUACACUUUCCAUAGCGAUGUAGUAAAGGGAAAUUAUAGUGCCAGGAAACCAGUAGUUUUCCUGGCACUCUAGCCUUCCCCUCCCUUGCGCACCUGCCCACCCCACCUUCAGUCACAUACCUCAGACUAGCGCCGAUGUGUCUCAGCACUGUCUCUGGUCCACCUUUGCUAUUUCCCUGGCCAACGUCAGACGGCAGGGGAGACCUAAUAUACAUGCGCUGCAAUGGCCAUGGUCGCAUUAGGAUUUACCCAUAGGAAAGCAUUAUACAGUGCUUUUCCAUGGGAUUUUGGGUGACGUUGGACGUCCUCAUGCAUAGCGUGAGGAGGUCCAGCGUCCGUUAUGCGACCCAAAGUCAUCUAACAGGCCAGAAGUCCCUUUAGUGACUGGCUGGUAGACAGCCACUAGAUGUGGAGUUAGCCCUUCAAGCUAAUUAUUGCAUUUUCUUAAAAUAAUAGCUUUUCAGGGUUAAAUUUGCCUAUAGUGUCCCUUAAGGUCAAUGCAUCUCUAUGAGAUGAUGAUGAUUGCCACACAUACACACUAGCUCCCAAUUUGUCUAUUUGGUUAAGCAUUGGUUUUGACUGACAUAGACAGUCAGUAAAUAUCUGAACUGGGGAGGAAUGACUGAGACUGAUGCCUGUGGAAGAAUGGUAAUUACAUCUAUUUUUUAUUAGUACUUGGGAGAGCUGAAUCUAAAUAUCCACUACAUUACUCUAACAUUUUAAAUACAUGUUUAUAUUCCUAUUAGAGCAUUCCUUUAAAGAAUAAGCAUUGAGAUGUCAGUUGGAGCUUGCAAGUAUACAAAAUACGUUCACAAUUUGAUAUUCGUAGAUACAGGAUAAUCCAUAGCAUCACACUUCAUAAACCUGUCUAGACACUGAAUUCUUAUAGGGACUUUUUAUAAACCAAGUCAAUGUCUGCUUUAUUAAGUGAUUUUUGGGCACAAACGGCCUCUUUUUUUAUAUUUGGACAAUCUCAGAAGAGACUUAGUGGCUACUGCAGGGAGACUGGAUUACAGGUGAGUUUACAUAUAAAAAAAUGGUACUAGAGUUGAAGGCUUUCAUAUCUUUCAGAUUUUUUAAUCGAUUUAUGUUCAUGCAUCUGUCCUUCUGGCUUUUUCUGCUAUAUAGUGAGUAAAUGAGUUGUGUUAGAACAUUUUCAAUAGGAAGCAAUAUACAUUUUGCCAUGAAUACCGUACAUCAUGUAAGGUUUGUGAAGUAACAUCUUUCUUUUGUUCCUAGAGUUACGUAGGUAAAUUAUUUAGGUAAAUCCUCCAAUAUCAUUUGAGUUCUGGCACCUCAUCUAUCUUGAAGAAAGGCUUAAUAGGAAUGUUACUUAUGCAUUUCAUUUAUUUCAUAUUCUAAUCUUAUCAUAUUUCCAAGUAGUAAUUACAAUAAUUUAAAAUAAAGUUCCAUUAACUUCUGUAUUUUUUUUUUUUUUUAAUGGUAUUUAAAGUGAAGUUGACUUCAACUUUUAAUUACCGGUUUGUUCUCAACCCUGAGAGGAAGUAAUUGACCGUGAUGCAUACUGAAGCAUAUGCCAAUAGUGGAUUUGUAAUUAUCUGACUUGGGUGAAAGAGAGCAGAUGCUUGUGGCAGUUCAUUAGAACAAACUAAGGCUUCUUUUACAUAAUAUUUUAUCUCAGUAAAUGUAUAGGAAUCUUCGAUAUCUGUUUUUGAUGUAUCUGGCACAUACAUUUAAAUUACCCAAACAUUGAAAGAGGAUGACACAUAGAAGUUAUGUAUACACAUAGUUAAGUCCCUACUGUAUAUUUAAACAGUGUUUUGCAGUCGUAGGACUACAGGUCUUGAUUUUGAACUACAUUUUAUUACAUGAAAUUUUUAAAACAAAUAUUCUACCAGCGCUGUAUUUUAUAAUGAUUGUAGCUGAAAAGGGUAAUUUCAGAUCUGAAUAGUAUGGUCUGGUGGUCAUUAAUAUUGUAGCAUACAAAAUAUGACAGCAUAUUACAAGAGCGGGUAUCUGCAUGAGGAUGCAGUGAGAGAUCAGUUAUUCUUGUGACACCUAUUAGGAUGCCUUUAUUUUACCAAUGUCUGUACCAUGGGGAGAAAUUAGGAACCUUGUUAGCUUAUGCAAAAAGAAAUGCUGCCCUGCUGCACAGUACCAUUUGCAUCAGUUACCAGUGCCUGGAAUGUUAACAAGGUAAGCUAUUUAUUGGAUAAAUUGGAUAUGUGACAGCUAUCCCGGCAAUGUAUUCUUACUAUUUAAUAUUUUUUUUUUUUCACAUAUUUUUGAGGUGCUACAGUUUGCAGAUUGUUUAAAACUUAACAACAUAGAAUGUCUAAAUAAAGGUUUUGGUUAGAGUAACCAUUAUGAGCUGAUCCGCUCCCAGCAUCCCAUUUAAAAAAAAAAAAACAAACAAAAAAAACCUAAACACUAAAAUGUGCCAUGGCCAAGUUGUCCCUGAAGCCUAAUCCUCCUUGCUGAAGGGAGAUGAGGAUGGGGUGCAUGCUGCCAUUGGCUUUCUGGCUCCAGUAUGAUAGAAACAUAGAAUGUGAUGGCAGAUAAGAACCAUUCGGCCCAUCUAGUCUGCCCAAUUUUCCAAAUACUCUCAUUAGUCCCUGACCUUAUAGCUAGGAUAGCCUUAUGCCUAUCCCACACAUGCUUAAACUCCUUCACGGUGUUAACCUCUACCAUACCUGUGCGUGCAGGCAUCAGCGGACAAUUUUGCACAGAACUAACAUUAAAAAGUUCCGGGCUGGCUAAUAAGGGCUGCUGAGGGUAGAGGUACACUUCUAACAGAUCCGUAUGUUCAGUGCUUUAAGAUGACAAACUGAAUAUACAGACACCAGGCAUCAUGAUCACUUCAAAUCAGUCAUGGGUCUUGGAGUAUCCCUUUAAUCGACAUUAAAGUGGUUCUGUCACCUUCAGGGCUCUUUGCAUAUUUUCCAAUGCUCGCAGUGCAGUGGCUGUGGGGUGCAGGGAAAGGGAAGGUUUUGCAGUUGCCAUCUUUUUCCAAGGGAUUAGUUUCAUUUGCCAGGAGCCAACUUCCAUGCUAAUGUCUAUGGAGGAUACUUUGGGAGCCUCACAGCACCGGUCUCUGCCCUGCUGUCACACCUAGCUAGCCAAUAUCAUCAGUGUUGAUCUCAGUGAAGCCAAUGCUUACCCACAGCUACGUCAAAUUAAGCUUUUGAUUGAUUAACUGAGUCUGACUUGGUCAUUGUAGUGGAAAUGCCUCUAGUAGCUGUCAGAGAUGAUGUGAUUUGAGUGCCUCUUGUGUCAAUUUAACUGAACAGCGAGAUGUGGGUAACAGUGAGUAAGCUAAACACUUAAAAUUUAAAACAAGCUCAUGACAUUUUAAAUCUAGUAGUAACAGUUGUCACCUAUACCCUCAGUAUAAUCAUACAGUUCGAAUCAGUAGUCUUCAUAUUACUUAUGCAGUCCCUGUUUUCGUCUCAUUGUCUACUAUUAAUUUAUUUCCUAGAAAUCUGGAAAUUUUCAGCCUUCUGCAUCUGGUCAGAAUGUUUUAUUGUCACUAGUUGGAAGCAUCUAUACUGCAGUGGAAACCUUGGGGAAGGAGCUUUUCUUGUAUUUCGGAACAAAAUCAUUACGGUAGGACCUAUUCUGUGUACAUUUUGCUAUUUAUUUGUAGUUUGAACAUUGGCACCUCAUUGCCAUACAAUGCUAUACAAUGCUAUUAAACGAUGACCAAAAGGUAACUAUAACAAAAUGUAAGCCCCAGUUCCAAGAACCUGUUGAUCUGCAGACUUAUCGACUAUUUUACGAGAUGGGUUCAAGAGAGCCGUCAUAAAAUCAAAGUGCUUUUACAUCACACACUUAAUUAGUACUUUAAAUAAAUGAUAUUGAAUGUUCUAAUCAACUUUUGAAUGCCAACACACUAACCCAUGCCUUGGUUUGAUGUCUUAUCCCUGGGUCACCAAACAUUUGUCAAAACUGCUUGACAAUAUUGCCCUUUAACACCCCAUAUGAUGUGAAUUAAUUUCCCUUGAUGCUCAGCCUAACACAUGCCUGUCAGAAUAUUAUUGUAAAUGUAGUUCUUGACAGCUUCACUGCCAAUAUAUAACCAUUGCUGUAGUAUGAAAUUCUUAUAUAAAAACCUGGUACAGACAACCUCUUAGUAGUCUAGUCACAUGGACCUAAAUCUCAACCUAUACUUUCUAGUAGUUUUUUAUAUCCACUUGUUGCUGAGCAUUAUGGUAUAGCUGUCCCAUUCACAUCAUUUCAGGAUGUACGUUAACUUAUAAAAAAUGAUUCCUGCUUUAUUUACUGCAGGGCUGUCACGUCAAAGAUACGCAACCAAUAGUAAACUAAAAGGUAUAUUUGGGCAAUGCUUUUUAAAAAUUUUUUUAUUAGCUAUCCAUUUUUUAUUUUCAAAUUUGUUAUGUCAGGUUGUUCUGGUACAGCCAGUACCUACCACAGGAAUGCAUUUAACUCCCACUAUGUUGUAUGCACUGGCACAUGCUCCUUUGCAGCUCUAUGGAAUUAAUGCCUCACAAUGCUGCACUAUUUCUUAUAUCUUUUUAAUUGUAUAAAUGUUAAUACUAUGUCUAUAUGAUACAUAAAAAUUGUAUACUUCCAGCAUGAAAUGUCUCUCUGACAUUUUAAUUGUUUAAUUGUGUAUUACGGAUGCUGUUGCCAAGUGUUUCUUUCAGUCAUUUCAAAUCAAAACAAACAGAACUCUAUAAGACUAUCGACAGAUACACAAUCUCUUAAAUUACCUUGUAUUAAUAUAUAAAUAUUUGCAAUGAUAGAUAAUUUAAUUCUAAAUAAUUUAGAGUGGUAUCAACACACAACACUUCAUUGUUAUUGAAUGCCCUUUUUGGUAAAACAUUUAUCAUACUAUGAUAAUUUCUGUAUGGAAAAAGUAUUUUCAGAAAUUCUUACAGCUUACAUUGAGCAGACAUUAUUUUGUUUGUAAUACAAAUGGCACGAAAGCAAAAAGCAACUUAAAUUGUGGAAUUAUAUGGGCAUUUAUUUUACUUACCAAUUUUUUUUUAACAUUUAAGAUAAUAUUCAUUGCUAUGGUCAUAAAAUUGCCAUUGACGCUAAUUGGGUUCAUUUUGGUAUUAUCCACAUUCUGAUAUGCCUCUUACCAGAUAACACCACUUAUUACUUGAAUUGUGCGAAUAAUGUGAAAAAGCAAGGCUUUAUGGGGGAAGUCCAGUAUAAUACAGUUGUCUUGAUAAAGGUUUCACAAAUAAACCAAAAUACUAGCCAGUGCGGUAUGGCAAAUCAAGCUUGAUUUAUUUAUUUGAAAGAUCAUAAGUGCUUCAUCAUUUAUUUAUUGUUCAUCUGCUGGCCUUCAGUGGAUCUGCACCAGGGAGUUUAUUCAUUCUUAUCAUGAAUGACACUCAUCCAUUAUUAAUUCAUUCAUUUUCUUUCUAUCUCCAUGUAUAUAGAAGGAAAAGCUGAAUAAUACAAGUUAUAUCAGUUGUCAUGAACUACUACAUGCCGGACAGUUCCUCACUGAUAAAGAGUACAAUUUAAUUUUAAAUAUACAUAGGUAUAUAUACACUUUGUUUAAUAAAAUAAAACACAAUGCCGGGAGUGUCCUAUUUGGAAAAUUAUUACAUAAUUGUAAAAUGUAGGUGAAAAUGUGUGUCUAAUGGGAGCAUUUGUCAGUUGCCUGCUCUCCUUGGACUGGAGAAACACACUGUAUUGUUACUAAUUGUAAUAUUAUGACUGACACACUAGAUUCUUCCAAAGUGUCUAAUACACAUUUCAACAAGUUAGAUUGUUUUGAAUACGAUAUCUCACAAAGUUCUCUGUUGACCUAUCUUGUUAAUUCUCUCUCCUUUUGCAAUUUGCAGUGUUAUUUAUUCUUAUAGUAUGUCACGCAGUAAUUCUAAUAUUGCCGUUCCUCAUUUUAGAGUACACUUUGGCAUGAAUGGGUCGAUGCGGAUUAAUCCAGAAGAAAGAAAUGACAAAAGUGGAGGAGAGGCAGUUCUGAAAGUGAAGCUCUCGAAGGACCUGAUUUGUUUCUAUGACUCCACAGUUGAUAUUCGGUAAAAUGUUUUGAAACUUCUUUAUACUUAUUAUUGCUAGUCUGAAAUGUCUGUGUAUAUGUAUAUGUGUGUGUGUGUGUAUAUAUAUAUAUAUAUAUAUAUAUGUAUGUGUGUGUGUAUAUAUUCUCUCUCUCUCUCUCUCUCCCUCUCUCCCUCUCUCCCUCUCUCUCCCUCUCUCCCCCUCUCUCUCUUUCUCCCCACAAACUGCAGCAGAUUAGCAUUUAGCCAGAGGAGUAUUUGAAGAGUAUAAGUAUGUGUUUGGUGCAGUGUAUAGGUUAUAUAUGGUUUUAUAUAUAUAUUUUUCCAAUAUUUUUUUGUUUUUGUUUCCUUUUAAUUUCCUUUUUUUGGUUUUUUUUUAAGGUAAUUUAGUUCUGUUGCAUGAGCUUUAAUAAUGCGUGUUUUUACUCCAACAGCAGUAAUGUAGUAGUUUAAAAAAUGGAAUGCAGCAUUUGUGACAGAAACCGUGUAUCAGACUGAUGUAAUGAGACUGACACUGCCUCAUUCACAGUGACCAUCACUAGGCAGUGGAAUGAGGCUUAGGCAGCUGUGUCUCCUAUAAAUUGUUAAAAUAGUCUUUUAUUUAUUAUGCAAUAUCUGCUAUAGCAACAGCAUGUUAAAUAUUAUUAUUAUUUUCUUCUAAUUAUUAUUUUAUUUUCCAUUCAGAAAUGCAGAUGACUGUAAAGAAAAAGUCAGGUUAUUUGGGGAUUUGGAUGUCUGCUCUUCCAAAUUCAGUUUUUCUAGAGUGGAAUGUGAAGUUAAGAAACAAAGAAAUCGUAUGCUUUGUGAUAUCCUUCUUGAUCAAGCUGUGCUACCUGGAGUUGGCAAUAUUAUAAAAAAUGAAGCUCUCUUUGAUAGUGGCCUCCAUCCUGCAAUACUGGUAUGUUUAUACCACUCCUGUAUUUAACCCCUUAAGGACCAAACUUCUGGAGUAAAAGGGAAUCAUGACAUGUCACACAUGUCAUGUGUCCUUAAGGGGUUAAAGGAAAUCUCAAUAUCCAAUAAUUAUUUUAAUUUUUUAUGACUUGUUGCAAAAAUUAUUAUAGUGGCUCUUUACAACACACGCACACACACUAUGAAUUUUCAUAAAGAUAAAAUAUACACACUGUGUAUGGAAUCACACUGAAAUUCCAAUGCAGUUUUUUUUUUUUUUUUCUCUGAUCUCUUCACCCUUGAAGUGCAGAAGUCAAAAACCAGAACUGAUUUUUUUUUUUUUUUUCUUAAUCACAGAGUUAGAGACUUCGGAAACUAUUGUCACCAAAAUAACUUUAGCCUAAUUAAGCAGAUUUGGUGUAUAGAUCAUACCCUUGCAGUCUCACUGCUAGAUUUUCUGCCAGCGAUAGUCACACCUCCCCUGGCUUCAUUAAGCUAAAGUUGUUUGGUGACUAUAUUGUCCUUCUAAUAGGAAACAAAAAUUGUACUUAUUUAGGAAACAUUUUAAAAAGACUACAGUGACAAUAGUCUGAGUAAGAUGACGUGGUUUUGGUGACAUUUUAAAAUUCAUUACACAAAUCUAGCUAUUAUAGAAAGGUAACCAUUAAUUGAACUUACAAAAAUGAGUAAAUGGAUGUAAAUUGGCAAUAUUUGAUUAAGCUAUCAUUUUCUUCUUUUAGGCAGGUCAUCUAACAGAUGGACAAGUAUCUCACCUGGUGAAAAUGACUCGCGAUUUCACUCUUCUGUUUUAUAAGGUCAAGUAGAUGAAGUUAGAAAACCAGGAGCAUUUUGUUACAAACUAAAUGAAUUGAAACAAUCACUUCUCUGGAAAUGACUCUUUUACAUAGAACAACAAAAAUCACCAGUUUUCUUAAAUUGAUAUUAAAGAUUAUCAAAUGACUUCAUAUUCCAGUUUAGUCAAGGAAAAGCUAGGGCAAGUAUUCCAAAUGAGAAGGAGAAAUAGAAGCAUUAUUUAACUGCCCCUCUUCUCUAUAUGCUUUCUCUAUGCUGACUGUCAGGUAAAAAGGGCAGAGUUUAUAACAAUGAUUGAUGGGUUGGUAAGGCCAGUUUCAACAAAGAGGUUUCCACAUUUAACAUUUUAUUUUUACUCAUCACAAAUCAGUGUUUGUUAUAUAGGGGUAAGAAAACAUAAUCAGAAAAUCUUGGGAAGUGACAGUUCGCCUUUAAAAGAAAAUGACAAGGUUAUUAACAUUUUAAACCAUCAUCCCCCCUUAAGUAAUUAUUUUAAUUUAACAUCUUUGCAGUGUCGAAAGACUGGUUCAGCUCUCUACAAACACUACAAAGUCUACAAAAAACCAAACUGUGGCCAGUGUGCAACAAAGAUCACAGUGUGCCGCCUGGGAGAGAACAAUAGAAUGACCUACUUUUGUCCGAAAUGUCAAAAGGAUAAACCUGAACAUGUUGAUGUAAGGUACGGAAUGACACCGUAGUGAUGUGGCUCCUAUGCUUAUCGGUACUGUAAAUUGCAUCUUUUUUUUUGGAAUAGAAAUGCUAUCCCUUUUAUAAACUGACAUGAUUGCAAAUCUCUGCAAGAAACAUUAGGUUGGACCGGGAGAUUUUCAGUACUGAUGAUCUCCCAGCGGGUGGAAUGUAGCCAUGAUGAAGGACCGUCUCGCCACUGGAUUUUUAGGUAGACUACUAUUAUAAUGCCCAACAAUCCACUCUUCUAAACAAAUGUAUUUGUACCAUUGGAGUGUUCUUUAAAUGUGUGGUUAAAAUUGAUGGGACAGGGUAUUAGUUCUGUACAUGAACUACAGAUAUUGUGGUCAAUAAUGUGAGAGUUGCAAACACUCGCUAUAUCUGCUACUCUACAGCAAAUCUAGUGAGUGAAGUAAAUCUUUAUAAAACCAUAUCCUUUAUUCUCCACCUCUGCAUGUUCUAAAAUGUAUUGCUCCUUUGAUGCUUGUACAGGAGAUCAUACAGGAGUCCAGGCUAUGCAUUUCAUAUUAACCAAUACUCUGUCAUGAAUAUGAUUUUAUCUAUUUUAGCUUACUCACUGUAUGUGUUGAAGUAGAGUUGUGAUGGUGAUUGAUUGUGUCUGUGUUUCCAUGUGGAGGGAGGGAUGGAUGGACUGACUGACAAAGCACUUAAAGAAACCCAAUUAGGUACCAAAACAGUUUAAUGUAGUGGUUCUGAGGCAAACACUGUCUAUCCAGGUUUAGCAGUGUAAACACUUAUACCUAAUGCCACCUUUAGUGGCUAUCACUCAGACAACCCCUGGAGGGGCUUCCUGGUUGCUGUGUAUGGAGAGCCUGAAUGCUCCCUUUAAAGAUGCAUUAAAUCAAUGUAUCUCUAUUAGUAGAUGCUGAUUGGUGCAGUGUGUCAAUUAGAGCAUACACACACACACACUAGGCUUCCAAUGACUUCCUAUGGGGAAGCAUUAGAUUGGGUGAGGUCAUCCGUAAUGGUGAUCUCAAUUAAAGAAGGAGCAGAGGUCACAACGAAACCAGCAUGCUGUGGGGAUUAAAAAUAACUAUUUAACUUUAAUUAAGGGUAUAUAAACUGUUAUAAUUUAUAAUAGUGUACCUUUAAAGAUUUAUGUACCGUAUAUCUUGUGCGCUUUGAGUUGUGUUCUAACAUUUGCAACUUUGAUUAUGUUCUGAAGUUGUGUAUCAGUGAGCAUUACAUAUUAACCCUGCUUUAACUGAAUUUUGCUACAGCUGUAUUAGACAAUUCAAGGUAUAUAUUUUGCAAUUGCACUAUGACAACUUAUGUGGCUAAAACAAUUUUGAAAAUGUUUGUGUUUCCGUGUGUAUGUAUUCCUGACACUUAUGCACUGGAGUGGAUGUUUGGCAGUAUGUAUUAAGGAAGUGUGUGUGUAUACACCAGGGCUGUGUGUGGAAUAAGUACCUGUACUACAAACAGCCCACAUACAUAGCUUUACAGACAACCCCUCUACAAAUAAAGUUGUGUGUUUGAAAUGGUUUUCUUUGCAAGGAAAACGUGGGGAAAUUAAGUUAACCAGUUAUAUACAAAACUAUACAUACCUGCUGUUUACUCUUCGCCCUUCGAAGUGUGGCACUUUAGUAAAUGCAAGAAAAGUUGCACACUGGCACAUACUGUGUCUGGAACUCUACAAUGCUUACUGUGUUCCUAAGCUCAUGAUAAUAAAUCCAUGGCAUCAUGUGUUCUUUGGGAUAUGGGACUCUGGCCUCUUAGAUUGAUUUUUACUCUUUAGGUUGUGGCUGAAAAAAAUGUGGCACUAUUAGGCAGUUGAUACAAUGUGACUGCAUGAUCAUUAGGUUAGUGUUUCUAGCACAUUUCAAGAAUAUAGAGGAGGAGGAAACAUUUAUUUUGUGGGAAAUUUUCUAAAAGCAUUUAGGAGGUAGCAUUUGGAGGGCAAAAAAUACUGGUGGUGGUGGGAGAUAGAGGAAGAAUUAAUGAGAUGGAAAUUCAGUUGUGAAGUAAGGGACAUUUCAAACCCCUAAAGCUCUUUAACUUACUGAAAAGCUUUGUGUGACUUCUAUUUUUUUCAUUUUGCAAAAACUGCAUAUUUCAAUAGAAAUUGGCAGCUUUUAUAAAUGAACCCAGUUACACCGCCUUAGUUUUCAAGCAGACAACGGGUCCUGUUAUUUCCUGGUUUCAUAAGCUCAGUGGAACUACACUCAAGAGUGAGCAAUUGCCCCGAGCACCUGCUUUGCAAUUACUUCUCAUUGAGCUGUGUUGUGAAGUCUGUGAUUGUAGAGACACAGGAAGUCUGGGCAGGGUUAGAAGGGGAGGGAUUACAUAGGCUGCAAACAAGAGAACUGCAGGUUUCGCCAGCUGUUUUUAGAAAUACCCCUAAUGAAAAAAUGCAUAAUUAAAGACCACUAUAGUGCCAGGAAAACUUACUCGUUUUCCUGGCACUAUAGUGCCUUGAGGGUGCACCCACCCUCAGGGUCCCCCUCCCGCCGGGCUGUAGGGGGAGGAAGGGGUUAAACUUACCUCUUUCUCCAGCGCCGGGCGGGGACUUUCCUCCUCCUCAGCGACAUCAUCGGCUGAAUGCGCAUGCACGGCAGGAGCCGCGCGCGCAUUCAGCCAGUCCAUAGUAAAGCAUUCUCAAUGCUUUCCUAUGGACACUGGCGUCUUCUCACUGUGAAAAUCACAGUGAGAAGCGCGGAAGCGCCGCUAGCAGCUGUCAGUGAGACAGCCACUAGAUGCUGGAUUAACCCAUAUGUAAACAUAGCAGUUUCUCGGAAACUGCUAUGUUUAUUGAAAAAAGGGUUAGACCUAGCUGGACCUGGCACCCAGACCACUUCAUUAAAGGACCACUAUAGACACCCAGACCACUUCAGCUUAAUGAGGUGGUCUGGGUGUCUGGUCCAGCUAGGUUUAACCCUUUUUUCUAUAAACAUAGCAGUUUCAGAGAAACUGCUAUGUUUAUAAAUGGGUUAAUCCAGCCUCUAGUGGCUGUCUUAUUGACAGCCGCUAGAAGGCCUCCGCGCUUAUCACUGUGAUUUUCACAGUGAGAAGAUGCCAGCGUCCAUAGGAAAACAUUGAGAAUGCUUUCCUAUGGACUGGCUGAAUGCGCGCGUGGCUCCUGCCGCGCAUGCGCAUUGAGCCGGAGAGGAGGAGGAGAGCUCCCCGCCCAGCGCUGGAGAAAGAGGUAAGUUUAACCCCUUCCUCCCCCCAGAGGCCAGUGGGAGGGGGACCCUGAGGGUGGGGGCACCCUCAGGGCACUAUAGUGCCAGGAAAACUAGGAUAUAUUCCUGGCACUAUAGUGGUCCUUUAAGCUAGAGUGGUCUGGGUGCCUAUAGUGGUCCUUUAAAUGCAUGCAGGUUUUCAUUUGGGGUAUAUCUACUAAACUGCAAUUUGUAUUUAUUUUGUAUUUGGGCAGUAGAGUGUCCCUUUAAGUGAAAUAAUAGGAACAAGGUGUAAUAUACACUCAUAGGAGAUGUGAGACAAGGAGUUUGCCAUGUAAGAGGAAUGGAUGAAGAUGAAAGAGAAAGGAGAACUUGGAGUGGAUAGUAAGCAGGUAUUGUAAUAAAGAUGGUACAUGUAAAUUGGGACACAGCACUGCAAAGUAACUAGAUGAUAUACUAAAGGUGAAAUGGUGUCGUAGCACUUUGUGGCAAAGUGGGCUUACAUCCAUUCACUAUUGCUGCUGAGCAUUUAUUUUAUUUCUGUGAUUCAGUAUGGACAGCACUGAGACUACAAUCAAAUGUGUUUAUCAGCAAAAUUGUAACAUUUAUUUUCCAACAAUUUGGCUGGCAAAUGCAAAAAUACAAUAAAAAUAUAUUUUGUAAACCAUGCAAUUUCUCCAUGAUGGGCACCUUAGAUGUUCUCUUAAGCUUUACUUACCACAUGGCAUUGAACCAUUCUACCAUACAGAAAUAUAAGCCACUUUUAAAGACAAACAACACAACUGCUUAUUGUUUCUCUUUCUGGCUAUUUGUUUUGCAGGAUCAAUACUGCAACUACACUUUAGUAGAAACUUGUUGUGUUAGUAUUUUUCAGGCUCGUUAAUUAGAUAAUAAAUUGUGUCCCCUUAUGUUUUAAAAUGUCUUUUUAUUUAUUUAUUUAUUUAUUUAUUUUUCUUCAAAGUAAACUGCCAACAAGAAACAGUCUUAUCGGGUGGACAUACAGACAAGGUUCACAAGUAAAUGAAGAUGUGGCAAGAAGUGAUGAAGAACACUGGGCGUGUGAAGUAUGCACACUCAUAAACAAGCCUUCAGACAAACAAUGUGAUGCUUGCCUAACUCCAAAACCACAGGGUAAAGUUUAACACUUCUGUCCUCUAAAGAUGUGUGCGACAGACCAGAUAAUGCAUGCAGUGACAGACCGUGCAAUGACAAACCAACUCAUACAAGCUAACCUAAAUUUAAAAUGACAAUAUUCUUAAACAUUUUUAUAUUUACUUUAAACCACAUUUAAAGCCAGCCUAAAAUCUAGUAAAGAAAACAUAUACACGUGUGUGUGUGUGUGUGUGUGUAAUUUCACGGUGUGGAUAUAGAUGGAUAUAUACAGUCAUCGGAAAAAGAAAGUACACCCCCUUUGAAUUCUAUGGUAUUACAUAUUGGGACAUAAUAACAAUCAUCUGUUCCUUAGCAGGUCUUAAAAUGAUGUAAAUGCAACCUUAGAUGAACAACACCACAUGACAUAUUACACCAUGUCAUGAUUUAUUUAACAAAAAUAAAGCCAAAAUGGAGAAGCCAGGUGUGAAAAACUAGGUACACCUUAUGAUUCAAUAGCUUGUAGAUACAACUUUAACAGCAGUAACUUGAAGUAAUUAUUUGCUAUACUUACUAUAGUAGUGGCCUUUUUUUUUUUACUACAGGAUAAUGCAUCCUGCCUCACUGCAAAACACGCUCAGGAAUGGUAUGGGGAACAUGGAAAAGGCUUCCAAUUCCCCAGAUCCUAAUCAGAUUUUGUAUCUGUGGUAUGUGUUUGAACAACAAAUCUGAUGAAUGGAGGCCCCACCUUGUAACUUGCAGGACUUAGAUGUUCUGCUGCUAAUCUCUUGGUGCCAGAUACUACAGGGCACAUUAAGAGGUCUUGUGGAGUUCAUGCUUUGAUGCAUCAGAGCUGUAUUGGCAGUACAAGGAGGCAGGUGGUUUUAAUGUUGUGGCUAAUCUGUGUAAUUCAAUGUUAUUUCCAUGGGGUAUAUGAGUUCUUCCUGUGGCAAACAUUGCAGUAAACUUUUUGCUUUUUUUGUAUUUUCUUUUACCCCCAGUUUCUUCAAGUAUGUCCAGUAAUGAAAUAGAAGAUACUAACACUUGCCUUAUUAAAUAUCCCUGUAAUAAUUUUGGAAAGCCACUCACACAAAUGAAAUUAAACAGAAGAGCAGCAUUUGGGAAUACAACUUUGGUCAUGACUGAUUUUAGUACAAAAGGAAUCUUGUAUGACGAGAACAAUGAUCAAUUUCAUAGCAAGAACUCCCCUUCAGAGACUUCAGUAAAUAGUAAUUAUAACAGAGUACAAAUCACAUCAAGUAAGAGAGGCUACAGUGAAAAUGAAGAGAGGACAAAUGCUCUUAAUUCAGUGAAUGGUGCUCUGAGUGAUAACUGCCUCAAUCCUCUUAAUCAUCCACGGAAGAAAAUGAAGACGGAACACACAACACCAAAACAUUAUUCAGAGAACAGCUCUCCAAUAAGGUAUUCUUGAUUUUUAUUUCAUUUUUUAGCAUUGGAAAAUAAACCUAUAUAUCUUUAUUUUCGUUUUCGUCUUGUUUCAAUUAGGGGUACAGAAUGAGGGGGAAAAAAGGGGGGUACAGUUUGACUUUGACAUAUCGAUGAAGUACAGUUUCAGAGGCUUAAUGUGUGGUAAGCUUAUGAUCUGUGGUAUUCUUCUGUAAUACUGCGGUCAUACUUGUGAAAUCUCGUACUAUGCAUUUGGUUGGGUGCACCUUAUACAUGGUGGUUGUGGUGAAUUAACUCUUGGUAGGUGGGCCAAUGUUUUGUUCUAAUAGUGUUUGUGAUGGUGUUGGAGUUGUGGACUGAUGGGUGUUAUUUGGGAGUUAGGGGAAUGAGGGGGGGGAAGCGGUGCAGUAUUAUGUGGUGGGCACCCAUUAGCAUCUUUGUCGUAGGCCUACCUAUGAUAGGAGUUGUGCAGAGUUUUUAGUGGGUUAUCAUUUUUGUCAUGAUAAGUUGAUUUUGGUGUCUCGUUCUGAUUGUAUUGUUGUUCACUUGAACGUGUCUCUUGCUAGUAAUGAGUGCAUUGGUUGAGUUUGCUGUGUGAGGUUGUAUGUAAUGUCUGGUGUGUGUUGGGUGUAGGGGGGAGAGGGAGGGAUACGGGGGUUGGGGGCUGGUAGGCAUGAGGGGGGUGGGUGUUGGUUGGGGAGUGGGGGAAGGCGGAGAGGUUGAUGAAUUUGGAAGUAACGUUAGGGUUUUAUCCUGGGAGCAACCGCACGCCCCUGGUCCUCCUCCUAAGUUCCGGUUGGUGCCCUAGGAUCCAAGGAUCUAAGAUUUUGUGGUAGUUUAUGGUUGUCAUGGACCAGAGCCGAGAGUUUGUCCAUCUCCAUGGUUUUUUGAAGCAUUAUUGUUAGCGAGGGUGUGGUUUGGUUUCCCCAUUGUUCUGCGUUAAACAUUUUUGUAAGUCAUGUUUGCAGUUCUGUCUCAGCAUAACAACUCACUGUAGUGGUUAUGGCGCCAGUAGUCCCUUGGAGCCCUUCCACUGUAAGUAGGCAAAGCUGUUUUGACUGGUUUGACAUUUACCAGAGUCACCUAGGAGCAUGUGAUAUUGCCCCCUCUUCAGAUAUACCUAAAACACAAGUUCCUCAAAUUAGUUAUAUCAAUUUUUUCCCUGUUUGGAUGGCAUUUAUUGACUGAACAUGUCAACUGAUCCUCUCAGCCAAUGUAUUGUCAAAAGAUGGGCAGAUUUGAUAUCACUAAUACAGAAUUAGGAAUUUAUGUUCUUGAGAUAUUUGAAAAGAGGGCCAGUGUAGUAGUGUUAGUGCUUUUAAAGGGAGAUAUUCCCUGCAUUACAUGUAACAGCACGCAAAAUGCAGAGAUUUUGGAAGAUAUAGAGUUGCAUGCAAUAAAUGUUUAAAAUAGGAGUGUCUUUACUCCUUCUCCCUACUUCUGCAACAUUACAUUUGUCUUAUCAGAAGGGCAAAUGAUUACUAAUGUGUAAACAUAUUAAGCUGGGGUUCAUCAGGAGAGAUCAUCAUUGUCGAGUUGUGUUUGGAAAAAGAUUAGCAUUUCAAUUUGGAAGACAUUGGUUUCUUGAAGUAGGAAGUGGAGGAUAGUCUGUACAGGCUGAAACAGAGGCAGGGUUACUUAAGAUUAAACUAAGCAUUAUAACCAAUGCAGGCUGCUGUAGUGGCCAUGGUAACAGAAUUCCUCUGUUUCUGUCUCCAGUUAUAGGCCAAACUGUUUUGUAGUUUGACACAACCCAAGGGUCUACCUGUCUAAGGGUGUCAUUUGAUGCAUUCAACAAAUAAUGUCCAAAUACAAAGGAAUUUUCUUCAGCUUUAGUUUUAACUUAAGUUGAUGAAAGCAUGCAAACAUUUAUUAAAGUAGGCCUGUUACACAUAUCUAUCUAUAUAACCUAUAUAGGUUUCCCACAGCAUUUGAUAAAUUAUACAAUAUGUUAUGUAGAAUACAUUGUUAUUUUUUUUUCUAUUACUGUUGCUCUAGAAUUAAUGAUUGAAGAACAUGACUCAAAUUUAUAAUCUUGCUAUGUAUACAUAUCUAUAUAAUAUAUAUCCAAUUCACUAUUCAGGAUAUUAACCAAAUCAUAUUAAUAUGUAUAUACUUUGAUAUCUCUAUAACAAAAUAAAUAUAUGUAUGUAUAUAUAUAUAUAUAUAUAUAUAUAUAUAUAUAUAUAUAUAUAUAUAUAUAUAUAUAUAUAUAUAUAUAUUAUACUUUGAACAUUAAAGUUAUUUUUGAGUUUGAACCACGGGGAUGCAAAAUAAAAUUUUAAGAGAGUAUGUAGCCAAAUUGACAUGUUUUGGUUAUUUCAUAAAAGCACCAAAUUAAAAAAACACAUUUGUGGCAGUAAUUAUUUAUUCGGAGGAAAAGCACAACUUAUCCUGAAUUGAAGCAUGGAGAUAACACUAAAUAACACCCAGGCAUGCAAGUAACAAUGACCCUUCUAGCUAUUCCCUCAGAGCCCAGCUGUCAUGUCUUUUUAUUAUAUCUGCAGAUCUAUACAUUUCGCUAGCACAAUGAACAGAGGAAACAUUUGCAAAUAAAACAGGACUUUCAUGUUUUGCAUGGCAGACUUCCUUUCAUAAUUCUAAACCUUUAUUUUCUUGGCUAAUUAAGGGUUAAAUGCCAAGCCAGAGGUAUGUCUUACAAAAUUACUACAAUCACAGGACAAACACUAUAUGUUCCUGUUCCAUCGAUUUUUCAAUUUUAACAAUUCCUUUUUUUUCUUCUCAUACAUUUACAAUUUGAGCCAUUUGCUACUCAGGCAGAAAUCCUUUUUUUGUAAUCUCGCUAAAACAUCUUUUAGUGAUGGCACUGUCAAAACUGUACUUGUGGACACAGUCAGCAGUUUGUGAUAAUCCCUUUUCCUUACUAGAUACCAAUUUUGUAACUUGUCAUUACAGUUCUCCGCGUGUUAACAUGACAGGUGGUACUUCUGCUUUAAAUGUAAACAGCCCUCAUUGCAGCAAACACCAGCGUCCCUGUGCACUGCAGGUUGUGAGAAAGGAUGGAGAUAAUAAGGGGAGACAAUUUUAUACUUGUUCUCUACCCAGAGAAAGUCGUUGUGAGCAUUUUGAAGUAAGUAUUUCCUUGCAUUGUAAAUAUACUUUUAAAAUUAAAUCUGUUUCUAUGGCCUUUCUUUAUUCACUUAACUUGGAUAUUGUGGUGAAUUGACAAGAGAAUUGCAUCUGUUUGGCUAAAAUAUCUGAGCUGGAAAAAUGCGUUUGAGAAAGUUUCCAAUUUUGCCAUGUGCAAUUCACUUGUCUGUUCUGCAGCAGGAAUGUAGUCUUUUAUUUACAAAUAUUAAGGCUGGUCAUCCACAAUACUUUAAUAACUAAAAAAUGUUCUUUAUUUAACCCCCUACAUUACCCUAAUUUACUACACUGUAAAUAGUAUUAACUGUACAACUCAACCACACUACAUCAAGCAUGAAUUUCAUUGCCGCUCAGCCAAUCAGGGGGCGCAAAAAUAAUUUGUCAGACUGACUGCCUUUCCUCCGCCCACAGGCAGCAUGUGGCUAGGGUAGAUAAGGGAACCGCAGGCACAGUACACUGGGAGGGAAAGCGCCAUACCCCCCCUGCAUAGGAGGCCAGGUUUCAGGUGACUACCUGAGGCGCUCAGUCUAUCGGGCACCGCUGAAGACUGAGAGGCCCCCUGUCAGAUGACCCCCCUCCCAGCUGUUUCUCAACUAUCAAUAGAGCAGAGCCGGUGCUUCCAACACUUCGGGCACCUGCUCUGUGAGAGAAACAGCUGCCUGCCAGAGCAGGAGGAGGUAGGUAUGAAUGGAAGUAGUAGCAGGGAGACAUGGGUGGUAGAGAUACAAAUGCAAGGGGGUAGGGAGAUAUGAAUUGAAGGAUUAGGAAGAUUUGGAUGGAAUGGGUAGGAGGGGAGAGAUGUGGGGGCAGAGAGAUGGAAGGGAGAGAUGGGGGGGGGAAAUAUGGAAGGGAGGGAGAGAUGGAUGGAUAGAAGGGGGGAAGAAGAGACAUUGAUGGAAAGGGGUAGAGGCGAGCGGCGCAGCCACACAUUACUCUGUCUGGAGAUUACAGAGGGACUAUAGAGCGGCUGCCUGCCUGAGACUGCAAGUUUGCAGAGGGUCUGAGGGAGCGAGCACUAUAGAUAGAGGCUUUAUUAUGGUGAAGCUUUUGAGUGAAAUAUAUAUAUAUAUAUAUAUAUAUAUAUAUAUAUAUAUAUAUAUAUAUAUACACACACAUACACACACAUACCCAGGAUUACAUAUUGUUUGCAUGAGAACGAUACAAGUAAUUUUAGUUUGUGUUGGUCUUGGUUGAACUUUUUUAAUUUAUUUUUAUUUUUUUGUGCGCGACCCACAUAAACUUAAGACUUUUUAAUUUGGCCCGAGUUAGCCUUUGAGUUUAUCAUGCUUGCACUACAGUAUGAACAUUAAAGGAACUCUCAAAGCACCAUAACAACUACAUAGACAAAAAUAAACAAAUACUGUUAUCAAAUUUGUGCUGCUAAGCAUUCACCCUGUACCUCAAAUGAGAGUUACACAUAUGCCAAACAAUGGAAAAAAAUUAAGGCAGCACAACAAAAUGCAAAAGUGUACAACUAGUGCUAAAUACAGUUUUAUUGGAAGGACCAAGAAGAGAGACAUUUUGGGUUGCCCCUUCAUCAAUGCCAAAAUUUCCAAGGACAUUUUGGCAUUGUUAAAUGGGCAACCUGAAAUGUCUGUCUCUCCUAGGUCUUUCCAAUAAAACUGGAUGUAGUACUGGCGGUGCACUUUUGCAUCUUGUUGCACUGUCCUAAUUUAUUUUUUCAAUGUUCAUAUAACUACACUCUAGUGGUUAUGGUGUCAAGAGUCCUCGGAUAUGUGUUUUUAUUAAAAUAUAUAUAUAUAUAUAUAUAUAUAUAUAUCUCCUAAUGAAAUUCAGUCUUUAACCUCUUGUUGGCAUUAUUUUCCCAAGAUAGAACAUAGUUCACUGUUAUGUCUCUCUCACAUACGUUAUUCUAUAGAAGUGUUGUAUAUUAUACAUAUUUUCUGAAGAGCUCUUUAACAAGAUUGUGUAGAAACUACUUUUUGAAGCAGUUCUAUUUCUGUAUUGAAUAUGAUCAUGAAUAACAGUAAAGUUGACAAUUUAUUAUAUGUAGAUGUAGAAACAAACAAAGUUUACAGUUUGGGAAUUUUGUAUAACCUACAUUAAAUUUUGUUUUUUUACAGUGGGCAGAUUUACAGUUUCCUUUAUGUAACCACGCAAAACGCAGUAUUAUGAGGACAGUCCUAAAGCUUGGUCCAAAUAAUGGCAAGAACUUUUAUGUAUGUCCUUUAAGCAAGGAUAAGCAGUGUGGAUUCUUUGAAUGGGCAAAAACUGAAACAUAAUACAGUAAAGCCAAUCGUUUUAUUUGGCCAGCUGAGCAGUAUUUCUAUAACAGAAACAAGCAAUUGUAUUUUUAAUCUUCCCCCACUCAGUACUUGUCGGUAUAACUAAUGUAUAACUGUCUUAUAACGUUAGGGGAAAAAAAGUCUUAUAAUCCUUAACUGCUUCUUUUUUCUGUCAUAAGUGUAUUAAAAGAGAUUAAAUAUCUCCCGUUCUAAGACUCAUGUUGCUAGGGGCCAUAUUAAGGAGGCUCUGUUAGCAUGCAUCCAGUAUUUAAUGUUGGCAUGCUGGUCCUUCGUACCUAUUCGUUAAUAAUAUGGGUGGUUAAAGAAAUUAUAUAGAUGCUAAAAUUUCCUUGUGGCAGUGCUUUUCAUUCUUGGCCCCAUCACUGAGUCUAACGGAUGAAAUCCUCCACCGUUGGGUUUACAAGUUAUGAUGAUUUUUCUCUUCACUCGUUGCCUACGAUAGGGUGAGUAGUUAAGUGAAACUACUAUAUUCUCCUAUAGUAGCCAACAUGACUGGCAGGUAGCCUGUGCAAUCAUUACAGUACAGACUUUAAUAAAUCUAUUACUUACAUCUCGUUACACAUAGGUAUAUCCAGGACAAUGCAAUAUUUACUUUCAAUUUUAGUGGCAGCUCCCUUUACCCGACUAAAUGUUAUUGAAGCUUCUACUGGGGCAUGGAGUGCAUAUCUCUGACACUUUAUGGAUGCAGGCACACAUUAUGCUAUGUGUGCUCCUACACAUUCUGCUCUCUGUAAGUGUAUCGGCAUUUCUUUCAUGAUAUUUGCUAUAAAUCAAAGAAAUCAUAACUAUAGCUACAUUUAAUUAAUUUAGCAAUGGAUUACAGGAAAAAACAUGAGAAGUGACAAUUUCAAACUAACAGAACUGCUUAUAAAUUUGUAUCUGUCCAACAUAUAUUUACAUGUUCAAUAGAUAUCUAGCAGCUUUUUUUUUUAUGUUGUCAUAAAAUGUCAAAGUCUAAUACGAUCUGUAACAGGAAAAAAAAAAUCUGUUCUUUUAAUAAUAAAUAUUUGCUUAUCUAUGAUGUUAUUGAAUUACACAUUGUUUAUGCAUACAUACACAAAUAUGUAAACAGGGAUUUGUUUCAAAGAUGCACCUAACCAGCCACAGGGAACCACUUGCAUGUUUGUAUUACAGAGUAGGCAUUUUGUGGGUCCGCUAUACUAUAAUUGCAGAUCUUGCCUUGGAAACCAGAGUGUUUGACGGUAGUCAACUUCAGUCUAGUGUGUGAGAGAAUUUGGUGUUCACUAUAUAAACCGCUGUGGAUACGUAUUGUCACAACUUUAAAUUGUCAUGUUAAACAAGAAUUCCUGUGAUUGCGCAAAGAAUAAUGUGCUGCAGAAUGCAUACCUGUCUUAUUUCUGUCUGCAAUACAUUACCCUGUGUUCUUUUGUUUGUAUUAGAAUAAAAUGCGUAAUGUGGAUGGUGGAGGUACUGCUAUUCUGUCCACACUUCUCUACAGCAAUUGCUUCUUUAUAUGUAGUAAAAUAUCAAAUGGCUUGGAAUUUUUGUUCUAUUAAACAGAAUAUGUAUAGGACAUCUUGAUUUUAAUAGGUCUUUUGAUAAUACUCAUGCAGCCAAUAUUGCUUGUAAUUGGACAUAAUAGUUGAAAGGACAAGUAAUUGUUUUAAAAGGUACGACACAAAGUUGUUAAUGGGAUAAAUUCAAAGGAAGUACAGCAGUGGGGACCUGUGCCGGGACUAAUUUUAUGUAUAAUGUUCAUUAGUGAUAUUACAGAUCUUUGCGUCAUUUGGAAAAGGCAUACAUUCUCUUCAGAUAAUUGCAAAAGUCAAUGUUCCAGAAGGGUAAAUAAAAUGUCUAUUUAGGUAAAUGAGAGAAACACAUGAACAUUGCAACUUCAAUACAUGCUAAUAAGAGCAUAAUAAUGCAUUUGGGAAAGACAAAAUACAGGAUUAAUGGCCCUUUGCAUUAACAAUAAUGAGUCAUUAUUAUUUUUUUUCACAGGCGUUAAGGUAGGGAAGACUUUUGAGAAACUCUGCCAGUAGUAUACCAAUAAGUUUAAUAAGGGUUUUAAAAAUGCUUUUAUACUUUGAUGCAACAAUUUUAUUAUCAGGAACUAGACUUGUGCAUCAAGUAUUUUCUGAUUUUAGGGGGAUUUGUUUUUUCAAAGAUAUGAAAAAAUCACUUGCUACAUGGAUGAAAUUAGUCCUUGCCAUUUGUUUUACCAUUGUUUGUUUAGAAGGAUACCUCCUUCUAAACAAAUGAAACAAGCUCUCUCCUUGGAAUUUUACUUUUAAAGGAAGCAUCAGACCACUGAGCUGGGAACUGCUCUUCUUCCCCUAUGCCAGGUGUAAGCAAUACUGCACCCCUCUUUGCUAGCUUUGAUCCUCUAGCCAUUAGUGCUAACAGAGCUUGGGUGACAGCCUUGGUGAUUGCAGAAACUAGUGAGGGACAGCCAUCCACUUACUCAUGGCAAUGCUGGGAGGAAGAGGUUUCAUAACUUCCUUGCAGUGAUUACAAAGGAGGAGAGAAGAAGCAGCUCUUUCCCCCUACAUGGAGGUCAUCCUCCUGCUGCAAAAUGCUUCUUGGCUAAAAGGUGUGCAUGCAGUAGUAAGAUUUUAUGUGUCUGGAGUAGUGUGUGUAUAUGUUCCUGGUAGUGUGAAUUGAGGCAAUGGGACUAACCAUACAUGCGUGUCUGGAAUGCAUAUUUGUGUGUGUCUGAACUUUUGGUAUAUUUACCAUUGGACUGUAGUAUCUGGGUUUGAAAAGCCUGCACACUAUGAGUAGUAUGUGUGAUGGCCUAGAGAAGUUUACAAAUAACUGCUGGGUGAGAUGAGCCACUGCUCAUGACAUUCAGAACAGAGACCAUUUGCCAUUUUUCAGAACGUCACAGCUCAUAGCAAAGGAGGUUGCAGGGAUAUAUGCAAGAAAAACUGUUACUUCAAAGUUAGUUUCUACUUUUAACCAUUAUGAAAAUUAAAUUUCUAUUGAAAUAUAAAACUUUAAAAUAUAGCUUGCAAAUGCUAAGGGCAGAGGAAAAAUGCAAUGUUAUAGCCCUGGGAUGCUUAGCGCUGGCUUGUGUAACUAGGGUAAAUUAAAUAUAAAUACAUUGCAGUAUAUUACAUCAGGUUAUAGAACCCAGCCCCAAUUGUUACUGGAUCUUCUAUAAACAAAACUUGUAACUGCUCAAAUACAUACAUUAUACUUUAUUUUAACACCAUACAAAAUAAUGUAAUUGUGGUCCCUAAAAAGCGGAGUUUGUCACUCCUGUACAUUAGCAUUUAAUUAGAAGAUCUUAAUUAUAUCCAUAGAAAGCCAUAAUCACUAAAGUUGGGGUAGAUAGAGUUCAACAAAUAACGACAAUCUACUCUGACCCAUUACUAUAAGCAGUCCACCACUUCUUCUUGAGGGCGAGCGAUUCCAGGUUUGAAAACUGUAAAAUGAAACUGAGUAAAACCAGGGGCUUUACUGCAGGCAGCACCU